UUUCCUCUUCUCACAGUUGCUGUUACCCAUCCUGCGUCUGUUGGUCACUGGGUCGAAAGGAGAAGGCGCCAGUGUGCUGCACCCCACAGAGCUGUGAGGCCUAGGACGCUGCCCGGGGGUCCGGCGUCAGGGUUGGGACAGUAACUCCAGGACCAGGGACACCCUCCUCGCCCGCCGCUCCCGCCUCUCCUGUCGCGGCGUCCGAUGGCGGCGACCGAGCUGAUGCGCUCCGCUGAGCUUUCAAAUGAGGAGACCCUGGGAUACCCCAGUCUUCAGUGCAGGUCACAGGUAGUUGUGACCUUUGAGGAUGUUGCCGUGUAUUUCUCCAGGACAGAAUGGCUCCUCCUUGAUGAGGCUCAGAGAUGCCUGUACCUCAAUGUGAUGCUGGAGAACUAUGCUCUUAUAUCAUCUCUGGGUUGCUGCUGUGGAGUAGAGAACUUGGAGGCACUGAAAGAACAGAAUAUUACUGUAAGAGUCUCAAAGGCUAUGAAUCUGAAGUCAACACUGUCUGCCCAGAAGAGCCACCCCUGUGAGAGUUGUGGGUGUGUCUUGAGACACAUUUUCCUCUUGGUUGACCAGCAGGGAACCCAACAGGGCUCAACACUGCUGAGGUGUGGGGCAUGUGCAAAACCAUUUUACUUUAGUGCACAGAGCCACUGGCACCAGGAGCAGGACACAGCACAAAACUGUUUCAUCAGCACUAUGGACAGGGUCUCGUUACCAAAGAGCUGCAAUUUCCGCGUGUCGUGGAAUUUUUGUACCUCUAGUCAGGUUGGAAAAUGCUUCCUCAUCAGCUCCAGAUAUCCUGCGCAACUGGCUGCUUACACCAAACACAGGGUGGGGAAACUCUCUAAGUCUGGAAUGAUUUGUCACACUACAAAAUAUUACACGCCAAGAGAAUGCAAGAAAGCUGCUGGCUGUGAUGACAUACUUGUUGAGGACCAGAGAUUCCUUACUGGAAGAAAGUGCUUUUUGUGUUCUGAAUGUGGGAAGUCCUUUGCCAAAAUUUCUGCCCUCCGUGUUCAUCAGAGAGUUCACACUGGAGAAAGGCCUUAUAAAUGUGGUGAAUGUGAGAAAUCUUUCACCACUUGCACCGGUCUCCUUCAUCAUCACAGAGUUCACAGUGGAGAAAGGCCUUAUGAAUGUGUUGAAUGUGGAAAAUCUUUUACUCAGAGCUCUACCCUCCGUCGUCAUCAGAAAGUUCACACUGGAGAAAGGCCUUAUGAGUGUGUUGAAUGUGGAAAAUCUUUUACUCAGAGCUCUACCCUCCGUCGUCAUCAGAAAGUUCACACUGGAGAAAAGCCUUAUAAAUGUGAUGGAUGUAAUAAAGCCUUUUCCCGUAGCUCUGACCUUCGUAAACAUCACAGAGUUCACACAGGGGAAAGGCCUUAUAGUCAUGGUGAAUAUGGUAAAUCUUUAACCAAUAGCUUUAUCCUCCAUCGUUAUCACAAAGUUCACAUUGAAGGAAGCCCUUAUAAGUGUGGUGAAUGCGGAAAAUCUUUUAACAGUAGGUCAGGUUUCCUUUAUCAUGAGAAAGUUCACACUGGAGAAAGGCCUUAUAAGUGUAGUGAAUGUGGGAAAUCUUUCACUGGUUACUCUGUUCUCCGUCAUCAUCAGAAAAUUCAUACUGGAGAAAGGCCUUAUAGGUGUGGUGAAUGUGGGAAAUCUUUUACACAAAACAAUAUCCUCCGUCGACAUCAGAAACUUCACAGUGGAGAAGGGCCAUUUAAGUGCGAUGAAUGUGGGAAAUCUUGUACCAGUAGCUCUGACCUCCACGAACAUCAGAGAAUUCACACUGGAGAAAGGCCUUAUGAGUGCGCUGAAUGUGGGAAAUCUUUUAAGCAACAACAUAAAUUUCUUUCUCAUCACAGAGUGCACACUGGAGAAAGGCAUAAAUGUGGUGAAUGUGGGAAAUCUUAUACCAGUAGUUCUGCCCUCUGUGUUCAUAAGAGAGUUCAUACUGGAGAAUUUCCUUAUAAGUGUGGUGAAUGUGGGAAGUCUUAUACCAAUAGCUCUGCCCUCCUUGUUCAUCAGAGAAUUCACACUGGAGAAAGGCCUUAUAAAUGUGGUGAAUGUAAGAAAUCUUAUAUUACUAGCUCUGCCCUCCGUGGUCACCAGAGAGUUCACACUGGAGAAAGGCCUUAUGUGUGUGGUGAAUGUGGGAAGUCUCAUGCCAGGAGCUCUGACCUCCGUAAACAUCAGAGAGUUCACACUGGAGAAAGGCCUUAUGUGUGUGGGGAAUGUGGGAAAGCUUUUAUAAGUAGUUGUAGCCUCCGGUAUCAUUACAUAGUCCACACUGGACAAAGGCCUUAUGUGUGUGGGGAAUGUGGGAAAUCUUUUACUCAUAGCUGUAUCCUUCGUAAUCAUCAGAAAGUACACACUAGAGAAAGGCCUUAUGAGUGAAGUGAACAUGGGAAAUCUUGUACCUGUAAGUCUGCCCUCCAUUUUCAUUAGUGUUCACACUGGAUAAAGUACUUAGGAGAGCAGUAAAUGGGGAAACCCUGUAUGUGUACCAGUUACCUCAAUUGUCAUCACAGAGUUCACACCAAAGAAACACUAAUGAGUGGUGAAUGUGAGAAAUCUUUCAUCUGUUGCAUUAACUAUCAUUGUUACCAGAGAUGACACACAUGAGCAAAGUUUAAUGGCUGCAGGGAAUGUGGAAAUUGUUUUAUCAUUAAUCUUUGUUUUCCCGAAAGACUUCACAUUGGAGAAAGGCAUCAUGAAUGCAGUGAAAGUGGGAAUUCCUUUUUCUGUAGUAGUUCCCUCAGGUAGUCCCUAAGUAACCCUUCAAAAUGGCCUUAUGCCUGCAGUGAAUUUGAAAAAUGUUUUUCUUGUAUCAGUGACUUCCACUAGUAUGAUAGAGUUUAUGCUGUUGAAUUGCAACUUGAGUGAUGUAAAUAUGAGAUGUGCUUGAACUGUAGCCAUUCCCUUCAUUAUCAUUAGAGAAUUCACAAUGGCUAAGUUCCUAUAAAUUAAGGAAAUUUAGGAAAUCUUUUAUCAUCUAUCUGUUGCCUUUGUUAUCUUCUGAGAAGUUACGCAGGAGAAACAUUUUUAUAUACAAGAAAUACAAGAAUUUUUUCUAUAGCACAAUUCUCUAUUAUAUUCCCAGUUUUACUGUGCUAAAUGUCCUUGUAAGUAAAGGGAAUGUGGAAAAAUGUUUUUUUUUUUAUUGUAACUCCUUUCUUACCAGACAGUUUACAGAGGAGAUAGACCUUAUGAUAACAUGAAAUGUGGGAAAUCUUUCACCUCCUUUCCAUAAGCAUAUCAAUCGUAGUUCACACUGGUAAAGGAUUCAAGCAUGAAGUGAACAUGGGAAAUCUUAGCCAUAAGUCUUUAGCCUUUUGAUGUUGAAGAAGUCUCACUUUGUAAAAGGUUAGAUUGUCGGAAAUGUUUUAUGUUUUUUUUUCUUUAGUGUAAUGAUACUGAAAAUUUUCUGAAAAUAUCUGAGUUUAAUUUUAUAUGCUCAGUAUGGAGAUGUCUCAGAAAUUUAAUAUUUAAAUUUUGAAGUAACUAACAAGAUAUGAUCUAAACUAAUGUUGCAUUUAUGCAUUCAUAGUUAUAUGUAUGAGGGUUACAUUCCCCCAGUCUAACAAAAUGUUGAUUUGUUUAAUUUUCAUAAUUAUAGUUCUUUUCAUAUAUUUGUCAUGUUCUUUUUAUUGUUCUAGUUGUACUUAUCUAAGGAUUGAUGAGCAUUUUUCAGGAGUGUAUGUUAUGAGGAUUUGUUUUUAGUAUAUUCUGUACUCAAAUACUUCACCUAUUGUUUUAUAAUUUAGGGCUACUCUCCUUAGAAAAUAGGAGAGUGAAACAACAAAGAUCUAUGUUGUAAUGUCACCCAUUUUCACUCCUUGAAUAACAAAUAAUUUUUGUUUCAUGGAAAAAUUGUUUUUAGUAGUGGAAAACAAAUUAUUUGGAGCUUUUUGCUGUACAGAAUGUGUAGGUACAUAUAUAUAUUUUAGAAUAAUCUGCAUUAUAACACACUUCUUUGCUUUUGUAAAUUC